AUGUCCGAGCCCAGUCCCUCAGAGGUCUUCAAAGCCCUCCUGAAGCGCGAUGCGCUCAAGAAAAUGGUCAACGAGAGCUUGAGCGGCCUGAGCGACAACGGCCGCGCCGCGGUGUUGUCCUCGCGCGGGCUGUGCAUAGCUCAGACGUUAGCGCGCGGGACGGAUAAGGAGCAAUCGGAUUUGGCGCGGAAUCUGUUCAUACAGGAAUACGAACUCCUCGACGCGACGCGCCCCGACGACGAGUGGGCCAUCAAGGUCAAGAAGGAGUUCAUGGCGUUCGCGAACUACUGCAUUGUGUCUAUGCCGCCGGACCCGAGCAUAGAGCAGCAGCGCGCCGUCUGGACCGAAGCGCUGAGGAAGUGGGAGAAGUCGAUACCGGUUUGGGAGGGGAUAUGGGCGACGUGGUUGGGGACGUUCCCGCCGCUCCCAGAGGGCACGGACCCGCGGAAGGAGUUCUUGGCGACUAUAGGUUAG